AUGGAUUCUGCAUAUAGUCAAGAGCAGGUUGAGCAGUUCAUCAACUACAUCGGUUUACCGACUGAGGUAUGGAGAGAACGUCAACCCUCACUUGAACUCCUGAAAGCUCUACACAUACAUUCCAUCUCAACUUUUCCUUACGAAAACCUCUCGCUUCACUACAAUCAAACUCAUGACAUCCAACUGGAUCCACAACACCUUUUCCAAAAGAUGAUCGGUGACAAUCGUGGUCGUGGCGGUUUCUGUAUGGAAAUCGCCAUCCUUUACAACCAUAUGCUUCGAGCCAUCGGCUUCAACGCCUACACUGCCGGCGUGCGAACACGGGGCAGACUCGAGGGUAUCCCACAUGGGGAUUACCCUGGCUGGAACCACAUUAUCAACAUUGUGACGUUUCCCGAUGGUAGCAAAUAUCACUCUGAUGUUGCGUUCGGAGGAGACGGCGCCACGAAGCCGAUACCAUUAAUUGAUGGCCUAAUCCACGAAAAUUUGGGCACACAACAAAUUCGGCUUAAGAGAGACUGGAUUCCUCAUCAAGUCCAUCGAACAGAGGAAACAAAGUUCUGGAUUUAUCAGUACCGUAACAGCACAAAUAAGGAUUGGAACUCUUUCUAUUCAUUCCCAAGCAUGGAAUUCUUUGCUCCUGACUGGGGCGUGAUUAACUGGUGGAUCAAUACACACCCCGAUAGUCACCAGAGACGAAACAUAUUGGUUAUUAAAUUUCUCAGAAGAACAAAGAAAGGCGCAGACCUCGAGAGUGAACAAGAGAUAUGCGGGAAGAGAAUGCUCAUCAACGGUGUUGUCAAAGAGAACCUAGGCAGUGAGACACGAACUGUCACUGUUUGUCAGACGGAAGAGGAGCGACUGCUGGUUCUUGAGCAGUUUUUCCAGAUCUCUUUGACGGAGAAGGAAAGAUUUGGUAUUCAUGGCUACAUUUCAGCAUUAGACACAUAA